AAUAAAGAGUAAUGAGUUAUUUACUUAGUAAAUCCUUACUUCUUUAUAUUGUGUAACUGUUUCUAAAGUCUCAUUUGAUCCGAGUUCUUUGUGAUACAACAUGGAUAGUGACAAAGUGACUGUGAGAGGAUUUUUAGUGCAAGGAGUUGCGACUUUGGCAAUCUCCUACCUCGCAACCCUCACAGGCUUAGUCUUCUCCUGGCCCUCCUACAAUGUGGCGAACUUCAUGUCGAAUGACACAGUGCUCUCCGAGCCCAUGACUUCAGUCCACGUGUCACUGUUGGGCAGUUUGACCAAUGUUGGCGCCAUGUUGGGGACGCCGUUCUGCGGGUAUAUUGUGAAUUGGAUGGGGAGGAAGUAUAGUGCUAUGCUUUUUGGAUUGCCUUUUGUGCUCACCUGGACGAUAAUCUCAGUGACUUCAUCAGUGCCUUUAAUCCUCACAGCCAUGGCUCUAGCAGGCUUCAGCACAGCCGGACAGGCAAUCUCUUCUAUAUACAUAUCAGAGAUCUCUCAAGACUCCAUACGAGGAGCCAUGAUGUCGACCAUAGUAUCUUCAUAUUUCCUCGGAUUGUUGAUAUCAUAUAUCUUCGGAGGGUAUCUGAACUAUGAUGUGGUGGUCUACCUUCAUUUGUCAAUGUCGGUUCUGUAUCUGGUGAUGUUGGCGCUUCUGAAGGAGUCUCCGGUGUUUUUGAUGCAGAGGGGAAGGGAGAAGGAAGCGGCAGAGUCCAUAGCUUUCUACCGGCAAGUGAAGGUGACCUCCAAAGAAGUUGAGGUGGAAAUAGCCAAGAUCAGGCUCCAGUUGGACCCCAGGCUUGAGAAGAUUCUGGAAGGAGAACAUGAUGUGACAAUUACAAAGGAGUUGAUAGACAGCCAACCACCAGCGCCAAAGCUCUCAGAAUGGCAGUUCUUGAAACAAUCCCAAACUUCAAUGAAUGCACUAAUGACGAGUCUAGCGUGCAUGGCGACGAUGAUUCUCAUGGGGAACAUAGCGCUACAAGUGUAUGCUGAGACGCUGUUCAAGGAGGCAGUUCCUCUGAUGGACUCCAACCAGUGCUCCAUAUUCCUGGCGAUAGACUUGCUGGUGGCGAGUGUGCUGUGCUCGUUCGUUAUUGACAAAUUUGGGAGGAAGUUUCUGAUGAUUAGCACAUCAUUCUUCGCAAGCGUCUGCACGAUGGUACUAGGAACUCAGAUCCAAUGGCACUGGGCUCCCCACUGGUUCACGGCCGUCACCAUCUAUGUGUACAGCUUUAUCUUCAACGUGGGGGUCGCUGUGAUUCCUUAUGUCCUCAGUGCUGAGUUGUUCUUGCCUGAAGUCCGAGGGCUCUGCAGCAGCAUAGUCAUGGCUAGCGGAUGGGCCAUGAACUUCGUCACUAUGGUCAUAUUUACCCCAGUCGUCGAAGAAGUAGGAUUUGCACCACUAUUCUAUGCAUUCUCAGUAGUUGGCUUCAUAGGAGCUGGUUACUGCGUCUUCUAUCUACCAGAAACCAAAGGAUUAUCUGUAGAUGCCAUCCAAGCUUUGUUUGUGAAGAAGAGUAAGAGAAAAGCAUUAGAAUUAAGUUAGAAAUUGAUGUUGUUCAUGAUAUUUUAGGUAGCAUUUUUGUUAUAGAUCAUACGCCUUAUCGGUCACAAUUCGUUACGUGUAGUCUGGUGACUUAUUACGCUUAAUCUGGUGACUUUUUCUCAGUCUGGUGACUUACAGUUGGUCUGGUGACUUACGAGUUUGGUCUGGUGACUUUUUCAAUGUCAGUUGGCAGCAUUUAAUGUUUUAAAUGUCUAAGAUAAGGUUUAUCUAAACAGUGAAAUACAUGUUUGUGAAAUAUGUGAUUGUUGCGAAAUAAUUUCGUCAUAUUGUAGUGAGAUGAAAAUCAAAGGAUUUACGAAUAAAUUUUCCUUGAGAUAGUUAUGUUAAACAUAAGGUGCAGUCCAUAAUAGUAUGUAAAAUCUCAUAUAAACGUAGUUAAGCUUUAAUAAGGGAAUGUGAAUGUUCAUCUUAAUAAAUUGAUUUAAAAUGUAUGUCAAUUAAGUCCUUAGAAUGAUUAGAAAAUGAAGCAUAAUAAAUAAGUAAUACAGAGUUUAACUUUAGAUCCCUUUUAUUGGUGGUGGGAUAUCGAUAAAGUGCUAGUCUUUUGUCUUCUAGCUUUAAAACGGAAACGGAAUUUGAAAGUUAGUGUUGUUUAAAAGCCAAGUUCGACUUAAUGAUUGCUGAAUUUUGAAAGAUAAGACCAGUUGGCUAGUUUAAGUGUUGAAUUUGUAAUAGUUCUGUAAUUAUACGAUUUAGAAUUAGGGGAUCUGAAAAAUAUAUUUGAUUUAAAUCCUC